GACUGUGGCCCUGAGGUAGACCCUGAGACGGCCCCUGAGGCGGUGCGCUCAGUGAGCAGUCCUGCGCAGCCGCAGCCUGCCGGACGCGGGCGCUUUCGACGGCGCAGGCGCACUCCAAGAGCCUAGAGGCGCAGGUACAGAGAACAUCCAGGUAGUGACUGCAGUUCCACCUCUGGUCUGGUUGGCAUGUAUCAUGGGCGAAGUACUGGUAAAGGGCCCUCCACUCCCACGCAGAUUUACCAGCAACCUCCAAGGCUUCUCAUUGUGCAUAUUGCUCUACCGUCCUGGGCUGACAUCUGCUCCAAUCUCUGUGAGGCUCUGCAGAACUUUUUCUGUCUAGCCUGCAGCUUGAUGGGCCCCAGCCGCAUGUCCCUCUUCAGCUUAUACAUGGUACAAAAUCAGCAUGAAUGUAUCCUUCCCUUUGUGCAAGUGAAAGGGAACUUUGCUAGGCUGCAGGCCUGCAUCUCAGAACUCCGCACGUUGCAGAAAGAAGGCUGUUUCAGACCACACAGCACUUCUCUGCAGCUGGCAGUAGAGGAUGGGCUCCAGCAGUUCAAACAGUACACCAGACACGUGGCCACAGGUGCAGCUCUGAGCUACACUUCCCUGGAGAUUACUGUUCUGACUUCUCAGCCUGGAAAAGAGGUGGUCAAACAAUUGGAGGAAGGAUUGAAAGAUACAGACCUAGUAAGGGUCAGGAGACUUCAGGUGGUUGAGAUCACAGAGGGAGUCCUAGAGUGUAUGGACUCAGUAUCCCCUGUUGAAGAGCCUAGCAGCGAUGAGAGUUCUGUCCUGGGAACUGACAUUGACCUUCAGACCAUAGACAAUGAUGUUGUCAGCAUGGAGAUUUUCUUCAAAGCCUGGCUACAUAACAGUGGAACAGACCAAGAACAUAUCCAUCUUCUUCUUCCUUCACGGUGUUUCAGCAACAUUUCCAGAUCCGGAGAUGAUUCAAUGUGCCUGAAAUGUGAUCUCCAAGAGCGACUUCUCAGCCCAUCCCUGCUCCCUGGCACAGCUGAUGGCUCCUUGAGAAUGGAUGACCCCAAAGGAGACUUCAGCACACUUUACCAGAUGGCCUCCCAGUCAUCGGCCUCUUGUUACAAGCUCCGGGUGAUCAAGGCUCUAAAUUCCAGUGGGAUCUGCGAGUCAUUGACAUAUGGACUGCCCUUCAUCCUCAGACCCACAAGCUGUUGGCAGCUGGACUGGGAUGAGCUAGAGACAAAUCAGCAGCAUUUCCAUGCUUUGUGUCACAGCCUGCUGAAAAGAGAAUGGCUGCUGUUGGCCAAAGGGGAGCCCCUGAGUGGAGGACACAGCCUGAGGACGCCUGCCAGCACUUUCUAUGUGAUUGUGCCAUCACGCUCCCCCACUCUGCUGGUAAAGGCAGUGGCCACUAGGGAACUGUUGCUGCCCAGCCCCUUCCCCCCGCUGCCUGAGGACCCAACUGACGUCAGCCUUAAGACUGUGGAGAGGGUGCUGGACAGCCUGGAGCUAGAGCCCACCUACAACCCCUUGCAGGCUUGGAGCCACCUGUACUCACACCUGAGCAACACCUUGACCAAGCUUCAGGGCCGGAUCCAGCCAAGCUUGGAAAGCCGGGCCCUGAGAAAGGUACAGCUCCCUCCCUACUCCCUCCUUUAUGCCCAGAAUCCAAGAGAGACCUCCUCCCCUGUCCCUGGCUCCCCCCAUCCCAGGGAGCAGCCCCCUCCCUUGGUGGAGGGGAGAACCAGGCCAACCAGGGAAGGAGAAAAAGAACAGCCCUUUGCCCUAGACCAAGGAAAUUACAACCCCUGUCCGGUAGGGAGGGUUUUCUGCCUGGGCACUUACAUAUGGUGAUUAGGCAUCUUCACUGUGCACUUGUGAUAAUCCAUUAGUCAUGUAGCAGACCAUUGUCCCACUAAGCAAAUUGGCAGUACUGAGAGCACAGGUUCUGUUUAAAGAAAAGGCUGAAUGGAAGGUGGAAAAAGAAAUAUCCAAAGGAAAGGAAAUUAGCAUGUACUGAACACCAGCCAUUUGCCAGGUUUUGUGACCAGUGCUCUCACAAAUAUCUUUCUCGUUUAAUCCCUACAGCAUCCCUGCAAGGUAAGUGUUAUGUUCACUGUACAGAUGAGGAAAAGGAGGCUGACCAAGCUUAGUACAUUGGAGUCCAGGCUUUCUCAACAAGGGUUACAGAGAGAAGAGUAAUUGAGGGUGGAGUUAUUUUUUAUGAAAUUUAUAUUCUACAGUCUUUGUAUAGAAUAUAAAUUCUUAAUCUUUUCCUAAUUUCUUAGUAACAGAACCUUUAGGAACUCCUGCAUUGCCUUAGCUGAAGUUACAAAAGAAAGAUCUUUCCAAACUACAGUCAAUCUAAAGAUGGGAGCUGAGCCCACCACAAGUUAGCUGAUGGACAAGCUAACAGAGAAGGAACACUCAGCCAGGAGACCGGCACUGUGGAGACAAGCCCAGGGGACUCCACCGCCCUUGACUUUGAGGCUGUCACUUAAGGGAUGGGACACGUGAAGGAGUUAGGACAGGAGGCCCAACAAGGAACAGGACAGGAGAUCGGGAGCCAUGUCUGGGCCUCAGAGAACUCUCUGCUUUCUUUGUAGGCUGGGCAGUUGCAGACAAACCGAGUUCGAGCCACAGUGGCCCCCCUGCCUAUGAUUCCAACCCCUGGCAGAGCCCCCAAGAUGCCAGCAGACAGCAAGCCUUCCUCAG